CUUUUCAAUAUCCUAAAACCCCUCUUCAAGAAAGAUUCAGAAUCUCCGUGCAAUUGCAAUUCCAAGAAGAAAUGGCAACCGAACAACCAAGAUCGGCAACUGAAGACGCAAAGAUUGAUUUGUUUGAAGAUGAUGAUGAGUUUGAAGAAUUUGAGAUCAAUGAAGAGUGGGAGGAAAAAGAAGGAAAAGAGGUGACACAGCAGUGGGAAGAUGAUUGGGAUGAUGAUGAUGCGACUGAUGAUUUCUCACUACAACUGAGGAGGGAACUUGAGAAGAACACUGAGAAGAACUAAGCUGGACUUUACUUUCUCCGUUUUCUCACGUCAGUCCUCUCCAAUGAACUCUUGUCCGAUUCAGUUUCUUUUCUGCGAAAUAGAAUGAACUAAUGAACGUAUAACUCUCUAUACUUGGAUGUCUGUCUUGUGAUGACUUGAAAUGCAGAAACUGGUUUUAUGUUUCUCUGAAAUAUAGAUAUUGUUUUAGCU